CUAACAAGGGAAAUUAUAACAAAAGUUUACGGGUAUUACAAAAAUAGUCUUGGCAACCUUCUAUCACGUCACUUUUCUCUAUUCUCUAUUCUUUGUGAGUGGGCUGGCUUAGAAUUGAUGAAUUUCAUGGUGUUGUGGGUGACACAUAUACGUAGAAAAAAUCUAGUGUAAGAACACCACAUUGGCACCAACUGCUAGGAAAUGGAAUCAAUGGAAUAUGAGCUCGCAAGAAACCUCACUCUGUUGUUCUUCGUGGAACGCCUGCUCGACAAAGGCGAGCCGAGAACGUUGCACGAUCUUUCCUGCCAGUUUGGUGCCAAAGGAUUCACCAAGGAGAUGCGUCAGAUCGCCGGCGGGUCGCAAUCGGGCUUGAAGAAGUUCCUGGCUCAGUACCCCGCGUUGUUCAGCAUAGACGGGGACUAUGUUGAUAUCAACACAUUCCAGAGGCACCCGAGUGGCGGCGGCGCGUCGUCCAACAACGAUUACAUCGAGGAGGCGAAGGAGUACUUUGCUAGCAAGAUGAUCCAGUACGGAGAGGGUACAGAGGUGCCUAUUAAAAGUCUUCUGGGUCAUCGCAGCCAGGCGUCUCCGCAGGUACGUCACAUCUCUGGUCAGCGCAUCAAAGAGUUUAAGGACUUUCUCCUGAAACAUCCCGAUACGUUCCAGAUUAUUGAUGAUAAUGUCGUUCUAGUCAGUGAGAAUCAUAGAAGAGGUAACACUUGCAGCAAUUCUGAACAAUUUCACAAUUUACCCGCAGCUAAUAUAAACACAGAUACAGCGCAGCAGCUGCUUGAUUAUGUCGCUCAGUGCAUAGAAGCUAAAGGCCCAGUGAUGGUUGAUCAGCUAUUCCACUUGAUUGUGUCACGCUUCCCCCAAGAGUACUGGUACCAAAUGUUUAAGACUCCAGCAGACUUAAGUGCUUUCUUGAAAAUAUUCUCUGACAGCUUCCAUGUGCAAUCAAACCUUGUCACUCUAAUUAGUAAACCAAAAAUACCUGUCAUGUAUCUCAAUGCUAAAUCAAAAACAAAGACUGAUCCACCAAAGCCCAUUGUGGAAGAGAAAGCUAUGUCGCCAGCUCCACCUGUAGUGGUGAGUCCCACUCCUUCAGAUGGCAAACAAAGCCCAGCAAACAGAAUACUCAGUCCUGUAGAAUCUCCCCGAGGUCCACAAGCUAAUAUUGCAAACCAAACCUUAAAGCAACGGAUUAAUUCUAUUGUCAUUAAAAAUUUAGCAGAAAAUAUGGUCAGAGACAGAGUCAAUAAUCAUUUGAAUACUCGCAGCCCUGAAGAAACAAAUGGUACAUCUAUUAGAAAUAACAUGGUGGGAGAAGCUUGGAGGCAACGAGUUCUACAAUCUGCAACUGUUAUAGCUAAUGUCAGGGAAUGUUCCACACUCAUUGAUAGUAUAAUGAAUCCAAAGCGACAUACAAAGAGCAUAGUUUCCUUUGACUGUGAGGGAAUCAACUUGGGUAUCAAAGGGGUCUUGACAAUGUGUCAAAUUGCUACCAUGAAUGGUGAAGUCUACAUAUUGGACAUAAUGGCCUGUCCUGGAAUGAUUGUUGAAGGUAAAAUUAAAGAAUUACUAGAGAGUGAGAAUGUAACUAAGAUUAUACAUGACUGCAGGAAUGACUCAGUCAAUUUACACAACCAGUUAGAAAUCACUUUGAAGAAUGUUUUUGAUACACAAGCGGCCCACGCUGUGCUGCAAUUGCAGCAACAAAAUUUACCUGUAUACAAAGUGAAAAAUCUCAGUCUGAAUGCACUCUGCGAAUUAUACAAUGCCCCCAUGAACCCCAUGAAGGAACAGCUCAAGAAUGUCUACCGCAGAGACCAACGUUAUUGGGCCAGGCGGCCAUUAACAAAAGAUAUGAUCAUUUAUGCAGCUUCUGAUGUUCUAUCAUUAAUUAAUCCUGCAAUUUAUGCAUACAUGUCUGCUAAUAUCAAGCCAGAAAACCAACAGCUCUUUGAAGAACUAAGCAAUGAGCAAGUAUUCAUGCAUAUACAACCAACUGAAGUAAAAUUACGUAAACGACAAAGGAAGAUAAACACAGAAGUUGGUGAAUUGAAGCAUAAACUGGCAGAAUCCACAAAGAAUAUAGUUCUGAGCAAUCGGGAAAUCAGAUUAUUGAGAUAUUUAGAGCUUACAGAAGAAGAGAAAGAAAAACUAAAAGGUUGUCAUAAAAUUUCUAAGAAACUGGAGAAAUUGGAAGCUAUCGGUCAUGAAAAAGACAGUGAUUCCGAAGAUGAUGAAAGAGAAAAUGAGAUGGCUAGUCUAGAAUCAAAUCCUUCUGAUUCUAUCUCUUCUCCACAUUCUACACAACCACCUAGUCUCACCGAGUCAAUGCAAAUGAUGGAUGAGAUAUUAUCAGAUACAAACAUGGAUAAGGUGGAGAAAAUUAAUCGUUUAGAAGCGAUUUUAUCAGCUGUUGCACCUCUCAGCGGUGAGUUGGAAGAUAAAUUCUCACAAACAAUGGAGCAAACUCUUCCUCUUCUGAAAAAUAAAGAUUGGUCAAAUCUGAGCCAAAUACUAAACAUAGGUGAUGGGGACAGAAAGAACUGUUGCUGCAGGUGCCAUAAUUCAACUCUAGAAGAUGCACAGUGCAAUAAUAUCAAUGAAGCAAAGAAGACGGAGAUAGGAUCACAAACGCUGAGCACAGGUGACAUUGUCAUCACAAGGAUCCAUUUCCGUGAAGAGGACAAGCUAAAUGAAAGAACCAUUGAUGCCACACCCUUCAGCAAACGGGUAGGCAUAAAUAAUUCAUCUUGAUGACACUCAGCCAUGUUAUUUGCAUUUCCAUAUUUGUGAGUGCCACUUAGUUUUGAAACUCUUCUAUAUGUGAUCAUGUUUUUGUAGUUGUUUAAGUUAAAAAGAAAUGUUUAACCCAGCUAUCAACUAGCCCCUAAUACUUAUAAUGGAGGUAUGGUAGCAGUUAGUCGGAGAAUUAAUUAAUAUAAUUACAAUCAUGAUGUGCAUUAUCAAGUGUAUUGGCAUUUAGGGUUGAUACCUUCGGAAAGUUUUAUGUAGACAAUUUCCCUCAUUUUUAUACCAUAAUCUUAUUUCUUGAUUUAGAAUAAAAUGUUUAGUUAAAUCUUUGAAUUUUUAAAGAUUUAUCUUAGAAGUUAAAGAAAAAAAAAAUAAGGUAUUUUGUGGGAUGUACAUAGUAUUGAAUAUUUAUUACAAUACAUUAUUUAUUAUGAAAUUCAAACUUAUAAACAUUGUGGUAGUUUAUAAGUUUGUAAUAUUUGUAAAGUAGCAUGCACUUUAAAGGAUUUUAACUUGUAAACUGUUAGAGGCAACCCUGUCUUGUGAUCAUUUGAGCGAAGAAGUGCGUAUACACUUGAAUAAAUGCAACGGUAAACUGCAUAACAGAACAACUAUUUAAUUCCUUCAUAUGGAAUUAUCAAUGGAUGUUACAUUUAUUUAUUUAGGCUAUUGCCUGUUGUGAAAGCGGUUUUACCAUGUGAUAGGUUAAACGGCCUUGAUUUUUUCUCGAUUCUCUUUGGAAUUGUAAAUAAGAUAAGAAUGUAGCAUGCAUAAUGAUUGUCAUAGCAUUGACUGAUGGAUUUUGCAGAUAGAAAACGUACGCCUACAUAUCUAUAUAUCUGUUUCGUGUAGUCAUGUGCUACAAAAUUUUUACUAUCAUGGCAAUAAUAGGUAUACAAUAAGUUUUAUUGUUCAAAUGUUUAACUGAAAUUUAUUUAGAUGUAUUCUAGUGAAUUAAAUUAUAUAAGGUAGUUGAACAUUAUUGUUGGUGCUUGGUGAGAUAUAGUUGGUACAGUAGUGCGAAAUACCUACUUUUUAGCAUUUUGUAUGGUUGUUGGGGUAUCUUGUGGAUUAUUUAACAAUAUUUUUGUGCCUUCGAGUCAUAUCCGACGAUCGCCUUUCGAAAGUGAACGAGUAGGGAUUUUGAUACGUAUUAAGUAACUUUACAAUUUAGUGUCAGUUUUAACUUGAAAUUACUAAACCUCAUUUAGAAGCUUUUAUAAUAGUCAUUGUCUAUGGUAGCUUCCAUCUAACGAGGGUAGACAUUUGUAAAUGUGUUACUUCUUUCGAAUAGUUUAUUUUUGUGUUAUAACUUAAGAUAUGUUAAUAGUAAUACUAAGGUGAUAUUCAGUACUAAGCUUUUUGUUUUUUAGAGCUUACGUUUAGUAGCCUUUUUAUAUAUUACUUGUCAGUAUUGUUUCCAUCCCAAAUUAAUUUAUAUCCUGACAGCUUAGUAAAUACCGUUAAGUAUUUAUUUAACCUCAGCUAGCAAUUUUUUUCACUUAAUUUUUUACGACUUUAGUAUUGUAGUGGAUGUUACAAAUGUACCACUUUUUUAAUGUAUACAUUUUGUGCCUUAUACACUGCACAAUUUCUAGAAAAAUGUCGUGUAUACAUUUUUGUAUUCUAAACGGUGUUUUAGUGCCACAAAAUUUGCUUAUAAGAAAAACAUUUCCAUAGACAAUUUUUAUCUUCCUUAUGCCAUCUGUUGGCUACACUGCAACGGUUUUGGCGGGAAGUUUACUGUUCCUAUAGAAUGAAUUGUUGCUGAUUAACUUUGAAAUGUGGCAAAUUGACCGUUUACUGAUUUGCACAUUGUUUAUGUUUAUUACAAAUAAAAAAGUUGAAAAUA